GCUUACUCCGGCAAUAAUCUUCCACGAUGAAGUUCACAUUGGUCGCUUUGUUGGUGCUCGCGGCUUACGCUCAGGCAAGGGUUUUCGAAGAGCUGCCCUUCACAACAGCUUAUAACUACCUAGGAAAGAGUGUGGCCCUCGCUGAUCAGCGCCGCGCGUUUGAAGAGGAUCUCGUUAAACAACAGAGAGUUGUCGGAGGCGCUGCUGCUGCACUUGGACAAAUCCCAUGGCAGGCUGGUUUACUAAUUGAAAUUCCCGAAGUAGGCACGGGUAUCUGCGGCGCGUCUUUGGUUAGCGCUAAUAGGUUGAUCACGGCUGCUCACUGCUGGUUUGACGGUAUCAACCAAGCUGCAAGUCUGUCUGUGAGGCUGGGUACGGUUCUCAUCUUCGGAUCCGAUGGCGUUACCCAGACGACUUCUACGGUCAGGAUGCACCCGGAAUGGUUCCCGUGGCUAAUACGUAACGACGUUGCUGUUAUUGUUCUGAGCAAUUCAGUAGCGUUUACAAAUAACAUUGCACCCAUUAGCCUGCCCACUGGAAGCGAAUUAAGCGAGACCUUCACUGGAGCUAUUGCCACCGUUUCCGGAUUUGGAGUCACUGCUCCAGGUGGCGGAGCUAGCCAGACCCUGCAAUUCAACGACCUGAGUGUGAUGUCGAACUUACUUUGCUCGGCCAGUGAUGUAAUUUUCCCGAUUCUCGUCCACGCGACUAACAUCUGCACCAGCGGAUCUGGCACCGUCGGCGCUUGCAACGGAGACUCUGGCGGUCCCCUUGCUCUUAACAGAGCCGGCAGGAAUAUCUUGAUCGGCGUCGUUUCCUUCGGUUCUACUCAAGGCUGCCACAACGGUGCCCCUUCAGUCUACGCCAGAGUAACUUCAUAUGUUUCAUGGUUACAAUCAGAAAUGUAAACUAUAAAAAUCCAGGACAAAAGCAUUUAAUUGUACAUACAAAUAAAAAGCCUUAUUAUCUA